UGUGUUUGCACUCUUCGCGAUGCUUGUCAUGGUCAAAGUUCAUGCAAGCCAUGCAGAUUACUUUCUGGCAUUUUUGGCAGUAGGUGUCAAGAGGGUGAGCUUUAUGCUGUUGGCAGAGCAUUUGUGGUUGAUAAAACUUGCCCAUUGAGGUGGGUGUGUAUGCUUUGGCAGACAUAUCACCAAUGGUAAUCAAGCUGUGAUCAGCUGUUAUUCUUCUUUUACCAUGUUUCCCUUCACAAAAUUUGCACAAGUAAUCUUCACAUUCGAUGCAGUAU